AUGUCAUUUCAACGCAUCGACAAGCUCGUUUCUUCCACCCUCCGGUUUCUUAACGACGUCGCAGAAAAAUGGGAGGCAAUUCUUCCCCAUGAUAAUCUCCCGCCAAGUUUCGGUAACACAAGGAAAUGGGUUGCCCUUGUGCAGGAGAUCCUUGGGGGUAUUGAGGAUCAGCGGAAGGCGAAUAGUCAGGAUCCCGAUGGCCCUGCGAUUCUCGAGGCCAUAGAAUCGACCAAAGAAGCGGCAAGAAAUUUAUCGGCCAUCUUCAGAGCUGUGGCAGAUAGUUCUGAACCCGAAAGAGAGGAUCGUUACAGAGAAUUCCUGCGAAAACCAGGCACCACCGGGAUCGAGGUGGUUCUGCUACGGCUCUUACAAGGGCCCCACGAGCUUGUCAAGGGAUGCAUCAUCGAAGCGACGGUCGACCAGGAUCAUCAACUGGCAGAAGCCAUGGAAGAGCUGGCUUUGUUACAACCAUCUAUGCCAAAGAGCCAGACGGCAGCGGUGGCUCAUCAUGGAAAGGGGGAUAUAUUCAGCAAUCUAGCCAAUGGGCGUCAAAACAUCAACAAGGGUAAUGGAGCGCAAUACAAUGCCGAGCGGAUGAGCUGGCCUGGUCAAUCGAACCCGUGA